CAAGUUAAAAAACCCCACUAUUCCGUAAAUUCAUUAAAAAUUUCUCAAGAUGAACCGAAAAAUGAUAAAUAUCUAAUCGCCAGCUAGGCCAGGUGGGAAAAACUUUCCAAGAAUGUACCAGUCUAUCGAUAUGAACAGUAAUAUUUCCGGUUGUUAAUUUGCUCUAGUCAGCUAAUUAUCAAUUCAAAGUCGACAAACUUUACGAACACUUCACAAUUAGUAUUGUAGAGAUAAAUGUGUUUUUCUACUACAGUAUAGAUAUAUUAAAUACACUACCUAUCUUAGUAAACAGUGAAACGUUCGACGCCUUUGAUUACUACACUUUCCAGGAGCUGAAAUGGCGUCCAAAAAAUUAUUGGAUCUUUCCCAAGAGAAACAAAAAGCCUUUUUCGAAUCAUUUGAUACGGUAUUUUGUGACGUAGAUGGAGUCUUGUGGAAACCGGGCCACUCAGCUAUAGAAGGAGCACAAGAAGCUAUAGAGACACUAAGAAAAAUAGGAAAGAAAUUAUUUUUUGUAACCAACAAUUCUGCCGUACCUAUCGACAUGUAUUUGGCCAGAAUGAAGGGAUUUGGAGUGACUAGAGAAGAAGUUAUCAGGCCAAUACGCGCUCUAAUAUGGUACUUGAAAAAAUUGAAAUUCGAUAAAGAAGUCUACGUAGUGGGGACGCAGGCUUUGAAAGACGAAUUAAAAGAAGCUGGAUUUAAAGUCGUUUAUAAUGAGGUAUCUCCAAUGGUAGAAACUCUAGAAAAUAUUGCAAAACAACUGCAGCAAAGAAGACCAGAUGUAGGAGCAGUAAUUGUGGAUUUUGUGAUAAAUGUUGAUUAUUGGGGUCUUCAACAGUGUAUUGAAUACAUUACGAAAAAUAAGGCUUUGUUUUUGAUUGGAGCCUCAGAUCCUCGUCUACCGUUCAUGGGCACUACACUAAUAUCCCCAGUACAAUUCGCCCAAAUCAUCCAAGACAUAACUGGAGUAUCUCCAAAAAUAUUAUCGAAACCUGGCAAAGAGUUCAAUGAAGUCCUACAAGAAAAUAUUGGGCCCUACGAUCCGAAAAGCAUAUUGUUUAUUGGAGAUUCGGUUGAGACCGAUAUGGCUUUUGCUACAGAGUAUGGUUACCAGAAAAUGUUGACUUUGACUGGUUUAACUUCUAAGGAGGAUUUGAAUAAUUGGCGACAUGACCAAAAAUUUAAACCAGAUUAUGUGGUUGAUAGUAUUGGAGAUUUGUAUACUGUUGCUUCUAAUUUGGGUUUUAAAAACUGAAAUUUAUAAUAUUUAUUUUAUUGAAAUAUAUUUAUGUUGCUGGAGAACAAUAAUGUCAUGUGUCAAAAUUAGUAUCAAAAAUUGGGUCAACUUGGGCUGAUCACAUAUUAAACAAAUUUUCAAUUAUAC